UGAAGUCCCUUUAUUUUAAAGUUAUAUCAUUGUCGGUGUCGAUUCUAGAUCUGGGGGCAUUUGUUCUUUCGUGAUAACAUUCGGUUCUUCUGUAUUUCCUUUGAAUUGCAUUUCAGGUGCAUAAUUAUUUGGAGAAUGGAAGGUAUUGUUGUUAGAAGGGUUAUUCCCUCGGACAACAGCUGCCUUUUCAAUGCUGUUGGGUAUGUUAUGGACCAUGCCAAGAGCAAAGCUCCGGAAUUGAGACAGGUUAUAGAGGCAACAGUGGCAAGUGACCCAACGAAAUAUUCUGAGGUGUUUCUUGGAAAGCCAAAUGCAGAGUAUUGUUCAUGGAUUCUUGACUCAGAAAAGUGGGGAGGCGCCAUUGAGCUUUCAAUAUUAGCAGAUUAUUAUGGACGGGAAAUCGCAGCAUACGAUAUUCAGACAACGCGUUGUGAUUUGUAUGGUCAGGAAAAGAACUACUCUGAAAGAGUCAUGCUGAUCUAUGACGGUCUCCACUAUGAUGCAUUGGCCAUGUCUCCGUUUGAGGGUGCUCCCGAGGAGUUUGAUCAAACUAUAUUUGCUGUACGGAAGGAUAGAACCAUCGGACCAGUGGAAGGUCUUGCAUUGAAUCUGGUUAAGGAUCAACAAAGGAAGAGAAGCUACACCGACACUGCCAACUUCACUUUGCGAUGCGGUGUUUGCCAAAUUGGCGUGGUCGGCCAAAAGGAGGCUGUUGAGCAUGCACAAGCAACAGGCCAUGUGAACUUUCAAGAAUAUAGAUGAUAGAAAAACCGGAGAGGUUAAUGUCGUUUUAUUAACUCAGCUCCACGUUAUACCUACUUUGUCCAUUGAACUUGU